UAUUUUGUCACAUACUUACAAUUAACUAUGGCCGGAAGUACAAGCACGCGUUCCGCCCCUCGAAGUCGAGGCGCGCCUUCCGGAUGCGCGGGUCCUUCGCCAAUAAAUAAGAGACGAGGUCGUCGUAGGACUUGACCGGCGCCCCGUUCAUCCUCCUAUGAGGGAACUGCUUGCUGCACGUGCAGCACCUGCGUGGGGCAUCGCGUCGAUGGCGUGGCGCGUGGCGCCAUCGACGCGAUGUGGACGUGGCGCGCGAUGCCGACGCGAACAACGCGAAGAGAAUAAAAGGACGCCGCAAGAGCACGGGACGAUGGCGAAGGCCUUGCCGUGCGCGAGAGCGAAGUCGAUAAUCGGUUCCGCGGCGCCGUCGCAAUGGAGGCCCACGAGCAGGUCCGCCCCUACGAGCGCCGCGCGCGCCGCCGUCGCGGACCAGGCGUCGUCCGGCGCCGCCACAAGGUCGGGCGGCGGCGGCAGGAGCUCGAGCCGCCCGUCGACCUUGACGUAGUUCUGCUUGCGCGACGACUCGCCGAUGAGGACCUGCUCGGUCCAGCGCCGCGCGGCCGCGGCGAAGAAAUCGUCACCGCCCGACACCGUCCAAUCCACGAGCGCGCCGUCGAAGAACAGGCGCAGGUGCCGCGGCCGCCGCAGCGCCAGCUCUACGCCGGCCUCCUCGUGCUCCCUCCAUCGCCGCCGGAAGCCCUCCGAGACGGCCUCGUCCCCGUUGUCGAGGAAGCUGCGCGCGCGAAACCUCCGGAAGCGCUGGCUCACGUCGUCGAGCAUCGGCGCCCGCGGGUCCACGACGACGCAAGCGACGUCGUGCAAGUUCUCCAACUCGAAGCUCAGCUCUCCCUUGCCGCCCGCGACGUCGACGACGGCCGCCGGCCCGAACUCUUCGACGAUGAACCGCCGGAAGACGCCGACGCGGCCCGCCUUCGUGAAGGCCGCUUGCGCGAACGCACCCGGCACGUCAACCAGAGGCGGGUGCGCGAGGGCGCAGCGGUCGCCGAGGUGGCACACGCCGCGGCGCACCCAAUGCGGGCACGGCUGCGGCGUCGCCGGCGCACAGGCCGGAUGAACCCAGCGAAUCCGCCCGUUCUGGCCGAGGAGCGGCGCGAUCGGCGUGUCGACCGCGAUCGGCGCGCCGCAGGCGACGCAGGGACUCGUGCGCCGGGCGAGCUUCAUUUGCUUGCUGCUGCUGCCAUUAAUGAGCGACGUAUUGAUCGAUCGAUGCGGGCUGCGGAGACCCGCUGCUCCGCUGCUGCAGCCCGGCAGAGGCCGCUUGCUUGCAGCUGGCGUACUACUCGGCAGGCAGAGGGAUGACAGCGAUGAGAGCCCUUUUCCUUUUGAUGGAGAUAGAGCAGUGAUGCUGAUCUCCACGAGUUCAGGCGCUGCGUGCCUUAGCGCCGCCGCGGGCUGCUUUUUUUGGUGGCU